AUGUCCACCGCAUCAAGCAAUCCCCAUGCAGCCUUACAAGGUUACCUCGACCCAACUCACACUUCAGACCUGCACGCAGAAUGGAUUAACCAUCCAACCCCAUGGCCUUGGGUCCUAGCGAGCGUCACACUUUCUAUCAUCCUAGGUUUUCUAGGAGUCCAAGCAUCAUACAAGUCUUGGGAGCCAAAGGCCCGACGUUUCAGCGACAGCGAUACCGCAAUCCCCAUCUACCCGCCCACAGACCCGAAAUCCUACCUACCACUCCACCAGCGAGGCUUAAGCUCCGCCAGUAGCACCACUAUGUCGUCGCUGGACGAGAGGAGCAAGUACGGCGGCCUUGGCCGCUGUGCCCUGAUCACCAGCAUCAUAGGAAUAGGAUGGUCGACUAUCCGCGCGGGCGCUUUGCUCGCGGUUCUGACACAAAUCACAAUGGGGGAAAGGGGACACACGUACCCGGGUAUCAUCAACAUUGUCAUCAUGUUUACAUCGGUGCAGACAUACCUGGGUAGCCGCGCCAUGCCCCGGAUCCUGUACCUGCUCAUCUUCGUGGACCUUUGCGCCAUCUAUGCGAGUCUUAUCCUUGGGCUCCUUUCCUUCAUACACAACAAGGACACGUCCUACCAGGAAUUUGCGGUCCGCGGUGGACACUGUCCGUGCAUGCUGGGCUACAAGACCGGUCACAAUAUGAAGUCGUGCGCCACGUUUGCACAACCUCUACCUAACCUCGUCGGCUGCGACUCGAAGUACCUGUGGGCAAACAACACCGUCCCAAGCUCAAUGGACGCAGAGCUGAUGCCGUAUCCGAAAUCAUGCCUGCUGUCCAGCGACGCGACAGGAGACAAAGACAUCGACCCCAACAUGAUGACCUAUAUGGUCCUCGCGGAAAUCAUUGUCGGUGGCGUCGGCCUGCUCUACGGGCUCAUUGUCCUGUUGUUCUCCUCGCGCUGGAUCUGGGAAGUCCUCAAGCAUCCGUCCGAGCUCUUGCAGGCUUUGACCCUAAGCAAGAGGAAAGGUCGCGCGCAGAACUUUGGCUACGAUAACAUUGGCGUAAAGGCCAGAAGCCACAAAAUGCCUGGUCGCGCCAUCGGCAUGACCGUCCUGGCAUUCAUCGCGCUCCUCAUGUUCGCGGCGGUGACGAUCGUCGUGCACGUCCUCGACGAGACCCAGCCAAUCAGAAUGUUCUACAUGGAUUCCUUUGGAUUGCCGGCCAACACCCUCGGCGAUGGGACAGCCACUGCCGAUGGAGGGGCGAGUUGGAGCGAUUGCUUCGUCGUGGACACACCCGUUUCGACGGAUGGGGGCUUCCACCUCUGGUGGGCCGUGAGGCAGAGUCGAAUAUUGCGCGCUCUUGCUCUGGCUUGA